UGAAAGACAGAAGAAGAAGAAGAAAAACGUCCUUGUUUGGACUCCGAUAAAAUGGCGGAGGUUGUCUUCAGUUUGGGAAGAAUCACUUUGAACAUUUCGCCGAAAACGUGCUUUUAUUCCCCACUGAAACCUCCCCCAAAGGACAGAAGAACCGCACUGCACCCGUCGACGUUAUCCAACGGAGCUUUAUUCGUUGAUUUGACCUCCGAGCGAGUGUGUGGCGACCUAACGGGCGAGCUUCCACGCAAUGCUGGAAGUGGAAGUCACGCACCCGGUUGUGGGUGGCGGGGCCGCGGCGACUCUUCGGGGAUUUUCGUCCCGCAAAGCAGCGCUCUUACGGCCUCCCGUUGGGGGCAGUUGGCGUUCGCCAGGACUUACGGAAAUGACGCCCGAGAGGAGCCUCUUCACAGAAGCAAGACGGGCUACUAUGACAUCCUCGGCGUGUCUCCCACGGCCACGCAGGCUCAGAUCAAAACCGCAUACUACAAGCAGUGCUUCCUCUACCACCCGGACCGAAACGCCGGCAACGGCGAGGCCAGCGUUCGCUUCACGGACAUCAGCGAGGCCUAUUCGGUGUUGGGCCACAAGGGUCUACGGAGGAAGUACGACCGCGGCCUCUUGAGCCAGCUCGACCUUCGCACCACGGUCGGGGCCGCUCCGAGUUCUCAGUCAUCAUCAUCAUCGUCGUCGUCGUCUACGGCGCCGGUGGACCCCCGGCGGGGCAUGUUCGACUUCGACAAGUUCCUUCGCUCGCACUACGGCGAGCAACUCCAGAGGGACAAAGACAUUCGCCAAAGGAAGGAGGAGAUGCUGAGGAAACGCAAGGAGUCGCUGGGCGAGAGGAACAAGGAGAGGGCCAUGGAGGUGGGCGUCGUCAUGAUGCUGCUCGCCGCCGUUGUCCUGGUGGCCACCUUGAGAGGAGCAUCCGGCUAAUGUGCGCUCGGUCAGUAUUUUUGAUGAAGUGCUGCUCUGAUAAAUCGUUAUCUCAUUACUACCACCAAGGGAAUGUAGUAAGUACUCUGGUAGUAAUGAGGUAGUCGCUGAUAAAUCCAGCUUUUGUUUUGGGGUUUUAAAUCAGACAUCGUCUACAGAUGUUCAUGCAUAAGAAGUAAUCAAACAAAAUGAUCAGAAUCCGUGGAUAGUCUAUUUUAUUGCAGAAUGUAAAGGUUAUUUGUCAUUUUCUUUCUCUGAAGUAGUUCAACGUGACGCAAAACCGCGCACCCCUCCGAUUAGACUGUUUUCGACUGACGUCACAUCUACCUUCCGGUUGAGGAGGCGGUCGCCAUUUUGGAUGGGUGAACUCAAGUAAACAAACCGUAACUAAGCAGGGAUCAUUUCAGAAAGGCGUAUGAAUGUUAUCGGUUGCUCGAACGAAAGUGGGCGUUUGUGAAGCGUCUUUCGACUCGGCUGUAAUCAAGAACCAGUGUGAGAAAACGGAGAAGUUAUCAACCAAACGGCGACAACUGUGGCUGUCUGGUUUUAGCAGAGCCGAUCGAGCAGCCAAGUCCAUUCCCUUAUGUCAGCGUUUGCUCGGGCCAUUUUGUACUUAGUAAGUAUUGGAUACCUUUUAGAAUUUCACACCUACUUAGCAAUAACUAAGUUCUGUGAAGGAG